GUUUCGAUGAUAACUACCUAACUUAAGGCUAUUUUCAAAAUUGAAAAUACCUCUAAAACUGUGGUUAGAAAUAUAAUAAUCAAACUUUUAUAAAUUAAAAUUGAGGAAUUAAAUGCAAUCUAAACUUAUAGCAUUUAAAACAACAAUAAUUAGAGUGAUGUACUUAUGAUAAAUGCAAUUAUUAGUUCUUAUUUUUCUGUGAGGCGCAAAAAUUGCAAUGCCAGUGAAAUCAAUUUCUAGUCCCAUUAGUAUAUUAUUUACAAUUUUUUAUUUACUACAUGUGGGUUCUUGUUGGGAACUAUGGGGAUAUAACGUUGAAUUAUCGGUCCCCAAAAGGGAUGAAGUGCUAAAGUUUAUCCGCAAUCCUUACUGUUACAAAUAUGAGUGUUGUAAUGACAACUGGAUACAAUUCAAGAAGCGAAAACUGGAAAACAACUUCUCCACUCAUGUAUUUGGACAGCCAUUGUUGAACGCAGCGGUGGACGCACUGUCUUCACAUUUUAAUAAAUAUUUUCAAUCUAGUAAAGCUCUAACAAUGAGUUUUCAUGGGAUGACAGGAACAGGAAAGAAUUAUGUAACCAGAUUUAUAGCCGAUAGCAUUUUCACUAAUGGAAUGAAAAGUAAAUACGUACAUCAUUUUUUUGGGCGUCUUCACUUCUCUGAGACGUCUUUACUUAAACAAUAUCAGACGGACCUGUACUCCUGGAUCAAAGGCAACAUAAGUGAAUGCCCCACACAGUUAUUCAUUUUUGAUGAAGUAGACAAAAUGAUUCCAAAUGUGUUAGAUUAUAUCACCCCCAUAAUCGACUACUUAGAAGAUGUCGAAGGAGUGGAUUAUUCUAAGGCUGUAUUUAUAUUUCUUUCAAAUAUCGGAGCUGAUAUUAUCACGGAACACUUUCAUGACCUCUAUGUGCAAGAGGGUAAAAAUAGGGAAGACUUGACGUUAUCAGACUUUGAAUAUUUUAUUCAGAAAGGAGCAUUUAAUGAAAAUGGAGGACUGUUCCAUGGUAAAACAAUAUCAAAUAACUUAAUCGAUCAUUACAUUCCAUUUCUCCCAUUGGAGAAAAAACAUAUUCAAUUGUGUAUAGAGAAAGAAUUCCAAAUCAGGAAAGUUUUACACCCACAUGAAAAUCAUAUAAAUGAAGUAAUGAAGAUUAUUGAAUGGGGACCUGAUAGCUCAAAGUUAUUCUCAAAAACAGGCUGCAAACGACUUGGUCCAAAGGUAGCCAUCCUUGUCGAUAGGCAUUACAGGCAUGUUUCCUUCAGCGAAAAAGACGAACUUUAAGGUACGUUUGCAGAAAAUGUGUGGUUUGUUUAUCAGUUUCGCGACACAUCAUUCGUUUUUGUUAACUUGGUAUUUUUUGUCACUAAAAUUCAAAUAAUACUUUAUACAUCUAGUUGAUGUCCUAAUAUAUUUAUUGUGUUUAAGAUACCUGCUUAAUAUUUAUAAGUUAAACAGUUCCUUGUUUUGAAAAAUAGAUUUAUAAUGGGUGUUCAGCCGACCUUUGGUUAUAAGAGUUUAAUUUUGUAAAUUCGUUUUUGUUUUUUGCGAUUGCUGGCCUAAUCUAAAAUCGGUUACCUAAUAUAAAUACUUACUUGCAUAUACCAAAAUCGUUUAAAACUCUACUUUUGCGCAUAGAUUAAUUAUUUUAUUUAUACAUAUUUUGUUUUAAUUAAUUUUUGGGAAUGAAUAAAGAUUUUGUAAUUGCAUGAUAUUUAAUAUCUACGAUUUCUUUUGCACUUACAUAUUUUUAUUUUAUCUUAGACGACUUAUAUUUACGUAACUUCGGGUCCAAAUGGGCAACUAAUAGGCUAAAUUAGAUUAAGGUUAAUUGAAUUUAAGGAAAUCACAUCUUUAUUCAUUCUUGCACGUGGUAUGAUAGCAAUACUUAAGAAUGGUCUAUCGUUCUACCAAAAAAUCAAUUCCAAUGGAUACAGUCUGUAUUUUAUGAUUGAUUCCGUAGCGUAUCCAACCUCAGCAAGACUUAUACAUUAUAAAUAUGUUCUGUUUUAUCAACUGAUAUAUUUUUAAGGGUAUAGAAUUUAUGAUUAGGAAGUAUUUUAUUAGUAAAACAUUUUAUACUUGCUGGUCGUUAACUAUGAUAUUCCUUUGUACAAGAAAAACCUAGAUAGUUUGAUUUAGAUAAAACAUAAUUGAAAUUUCUUUAGGGAUUAAUUAAAUAAUUUAUAUUUUUUCUCGUACUCCUUUCCAAGCGUUAUUUUGAAAACCAGUAGGGCAUUCAUGAGGUUGGGAAAGCAUUUGUUUUGUUUUUGCCAAGUGCAUGAAUAUUGCCGCACAUUUUUUUCUUUAUUAAAUUAUUUCUGAUGUUAAUAUGUACUGGGCGCCUGCUGAGCUUCGACUUAGUAUAAGAAGCCGGUCUGAUUUUCUGCGGAAAUGUUUUAUGUAAAAAGAAAUAGAAUAUCUGGGUCUUUUCGGCAUGUAACGCCUUAAACAACCGAAUAAUGCGAACCACAACGACGAAAUCAAUAAACUGGCCAACACAUGUAUUAGUUUAACAUUUCCUGUGUCGAAAUAAAUUUAACUUAUUGUUGAGUUA